GGGGCGGUUUCCGGGCCAAUGGAGGGUCCGCUCUGUGUGAGGAGGGUGGGACUGAGGCAUUGGCAGUGAAGUGGCCGUCCUGAGGUAAUGGCUGCGGUUCGGGUGUCGGUUUCUUGGUGCGGGCUGUGUCUUCUGCUGGCGGAGGUGCUGUGUACGGUGCAUUAUGCCGGCGCUCUGGAAAUCUACGGACCAAACGAGUUAUUCGUCGAGAACGGCACAUACGCAAAAUUGCCCUGUAGCUUCAAGUCUACAGACGUGACGAGCAGCACGACCUCCAUCACGUGGACGUUCCUAGAAGAAGGCUCUAGUGCCGCAGGAGUGGUGAUUUUCUAUUACAUUGGCGGGAAGCAGUAUCCUGGGACAAUGCCGCGCUUUAAGGAUCGGGUCUCGUGGGCCGGAGAAAUCAAUAACAGGGAUGUGUCUAUCAAGUUGGAUAAGAUUACCUUUAAGGACAACGGGACCUACAGCUGCUCGGUCAUGAAUCCUCCGGAUAUCUCUGGCACCCCAAAGCAGAUAAAGCUGCGGGUUGUGGAGAAGGAUAAUCUCCCAGUGUCCAAUGUGCCCUUCUUGGUGGGUAUAAUUUGUGCAGCCAUUGGAGGCCUCCUCCUCAUCGCCAUCAUCAUCUUUGCAGUGGUGAUCACCAAAAAGAAAAGGUCUAGAAAGAAUUACACAGGCAGCGGCGACGGCGGUGGUGGCCAGACAGAAAGCUUGAUGUCCUCCGUUAAGCAGCCGCCACACAGGUCUCCCUCUGAUACUGAGGCUUUGGUACCCAGCGUCCCCCCCGGUGGAACCGUGCAGGGGCCAGUAAUAUACGCUCAGCUGGAUCACUCGGGAAAGGGCGGCUGCCAGAUCAACAAAUCCGAAACCGUGGUGUACGCCGACAUCCGGAAGAACUGCUGACUUUCCUGCCUUGGACAGAUCAAUGUAUAUUCCAUAAGCAACAGUUUUUGCUUAUUUUUUCAUUUUAUUAUUUUUCUUUCCAUGAGACUUUACGCGACACAAAACGAUUGUCGCUCACACGCCAUGUGCGCCUCCUCCCGGGACCAAUGCAUGUGACUAUAGAGAUGUGUAUUGUAUAUGUAACGUACAGCAGCGCUUCUGGGUGCCUUCCCUACGGCAGUGAGUGAUUGGUGUCCGCUUGUAUUUUGUCGGGUAAUAACCAUGUCUGAGGGAGGACUCCCCGCUCGCUUCGCGUCACCCUGCAGAUUGCCAUCCAGCAUGGCGGUCAGUGGCAGCAGGGCCAUACGUUCCUACGUGUAAUAUAUAUGUAUAUCCAUAUGAGCCGGAGGGGCUAUCUUCAUUGGUGUCUCCAAGAAGAGGGCUGCCCCGUCUCGCAGCGGAGGUGGUUUAAUGUGCUGUAGAUGUAGCAGAGCCGAGUGUGUUGUAUGUGUCACCAAGACCGCAGGUUAAUUUGCUCUCCUCUGUUCACAGAGCACAGCCUGCAUGGAUACUCGGUCUGAAAAAGGGGCCUGUGUGGUUCUCUGCUGUUCCUCUGUUAUUCCUCCUGGAAACACAUCAAUGAAUUAAGUGCUGCUAUUCCCUUUGUCAACACGACGUGACUGGACAGUGUCUGAUUGGAUAAUGUCAGUGUGCGUGUCGGGAGACAUCUCAUUGACGUGGAGAGUGGUCGCACCCAGUUGUCAGCUUAUUCAUACAGUCCCAGGAGGAAUGACGGGGGACACGGAAGAAGACCAACAGGUUGAGGUAAAGUUCUGUAGCGCCUCCUGAAUCUAGAGAAGGUCAGUCAGCGGCUCAUCUCCGGAAAAGCACCAUUCAUGGUCACAGAUUUGGCUCUGCUACAUCUGUAGAAGAUCGAAACCCCCGCCAUGAGUUGCGUCUUCCAGACACUGCCUGCAUCUUCAGCCCUUUGGUAACGACUCCUUCCUGCCGAGUUCCAGGCACACAAUCGCCAAAUUUAAGUUUAGCUAAUUAAAAAAAAUAAUAAUAGUGCAUUGAGUUUUUUCAUAUUUUUUAUUUUUUUUCCUUCAGUUCACUCCUUUUAUAUUAAUUUAUUUUGUAUUAUACUUUAUUUCCCGAUGGCAGUCUUAGAUGGACCUGUGCCUCGUCCUCCACAGCAUUAAAAUUGGUGACAUCACUAAUCCACCCUUCUAUGAACCCCACCUCUUUACUGUGACCUCACCAGAUAACCCCACCCCCACUUUACCCUGCGUCUUCUCUCUCCUGACUCUUCCUUGUGGACCGGCUGCAGUAUCGCUUGUUUGGCCACUAGAUGUCAGCGCAGGCGACUUUUACUUUAAACUUUAUUUUUACAUGAA